AGUCUGCUGCUACUGGUCGACGUCUGUGGUGGGCACUCCUACUGUAUUUUGGAACUCAAAAGCUUGAACGCGCAUAUUCCAACUGCACAGUGCUUUUUCAAGGUGUCCUGAAAGCAGAGUACGCACUUACCGAUCUACAGUUUCCGCGGGACAGCGCUGAGAUUCACCAACACCAUUCCCACAGAGAGAGGUCCACGAGAUGUGACAACCUACUUCAUUACAUUUGUAGCAGAUUACCUGCAUCUGUCUUCUUGGCGCCGAUAUUUGUGUGCGCACGUGUCCCUUGUGGAACCAUCAUGAUGAUUGUUUAGAAUAGUUUGAUAGCAUAUAGAAACAUUUUCUCGACGAGUCGGUCCGGGACAUCUCUUGCGGCAGUUCGUGUCGAUGCUUGAGACCGAGAAGCACCUGCUCUAGCCUGCAGGAGAUUAUGUGGGGGCGCUUUCAGACCUCUACUGCAUCUUGUCCGUUCUUCUUGUGCAUUUCGCCGCUGAGAGGAUAGCGGUGUCCCGUGGAGGAUGCCUAACAGGCUGAAGACGCAGUCCUGAAGAUUGAUGGAGGGCCAUGCUAUUCAAACAGCAGGCGUUGCUGAGACAGAAGCUCUUUGUGUUGGGCAGCCUUGCUAUCGGGAGUCUCCUCUAUCUAGUGGCCAGGGUUGGGAGCUUGGAUAGGCUGCAGCCUAUUUGCCCCAUAGAGAGCAGACUGGGCCCUCCUCACCUGCCGGAGCAGAUCCCUCUCCGGACCCUGCAGUAUAAGCGCGGUCUGCUCCACGAGCUCCGGAAGGGCAAUGCCACCAAAGAGCAGAUCCGCCUGCACAACCUGGUGCAGUUGCUGCCCCGGGCCAUCAUUAUCGGUGUGCGCAAGGGGGGAACGCGUGCCCUGCUGGAGAUGCUCAACCUGCACCCGGCGGUGGUCAAGGCCUCGCAGGAGAUCCACUUCUUUGACAACGACCAGAACUACGCCCGGGGCAUUGACUGGUACCGGGAGAAGAUGCCCUUCUCCUUCCCCCAUCAGAUCACCAUUGAGAAGAGCCCUGCCUACUUCAUCACAGAGGAGGUCCCCGAACGCAUCUUCAAGAUGAACUCCUCCAUCAAGCUGCUGAUCAUCGUGCGUGAGCCCACCACCAGAGCUGUGUCAGACUACACACAGGUGCUGGAGGGCAAGGAGCGCAAGAACAAGACCUACCACAAGUUUGAGAAGAUGGCCAUCGACGGCAACACGUGUGAGGUGAACACAAAGUAUAAGGCGGUACGGACCAGCAUUUACACCAAGCACUUGGAGCGCUGGCUGAAGUACUUCCCCGUGGAACAAUUCCACAUUGUGGACGGGGACCGUCUGAUCACGGACCCGCUGCCGGAGCUGCAGCUUGUCGAGCGCUUCCUCAACCUCCCGUCCAGGAUCAGCCACUAUAACCUGUACUUCAAUGCCACCAGGGGAUUCUACUGCCUGCGAUUUAACAUUGUCUUCAACAAGUGCCUGGCAGGCAGCAAGGGGCGCAUCCACCCUGAGGUGGACCCCUCGGUGGUGGCCAAACUGAGGAAGUUCUUCCACCCCUUCAAUCAGAAGUUUUAUCAGAUCACUGGCAGGACAUUCAACUGGCCCUGAGAGACUAAGGGAAGGUCUAUAUAAAUGUGUUAACUGAAGUUGUUCUGUUGGCAUUUUCAAGAUGUCAACCUCAAAAACAUUAAAGGAUAUUAAAAAGCACUUUGAUUGAAUUUAACUCCUAUAAGAAUGACAAUGUGACCAAAUAUGUAACUGAAUCAAUGUAUGUUUGUUUGUAAAUAUGUGAGGGGGUGGAGGAAAAAUGGUUUGUGAGUUACAAAACAAUUCAGUUUAAUGCGCCUGAUCUUCCUGUGUAAUAGUUCCCCAGUUUGACACGUUUCUCCAUUAUAAACUCAUCGUUUUGCCAUCAUCUCUCACAGAUUGACGUUUACUGGGAUCAGUCUUGUCCUUGAGGCAGAACUGAGCGAUUUCCGCUAGAUGGGCCAGUUGCAAAGUCAAAAUUGGCUAUAUUGUAAUUUUUUUUA